GCGGGCGGCGGGGGAGGGCGCAGGCGGCCCGGCAGCCCCCUCCGUACCCUCCUCCAGGCGGACCUCGGCGGAGCUGCGCUGCUGCAGGAGAUCUCACCUCCGCUCUCCUACUUGUGGCUAAGAACUUGGAGAAGAUGAACUUGCUGGUGGCAGUAUGGGACAAUGAGGGUUCCCACACAAACAGUUAGUUACUCGGUGCCAACAGUCCCAAGACAAGUGCUCCAUCUUUGGUUCUGCUGUGUCAUAAUGGACUUUAAUGGGAUCCAUCUCUCCAUUGCUUAAAAUGAGGCACUUUUUACCAUCUGUGGGACCCUGCCUGUAAUUCAUUUUCCUCACUGCAGUAUUGAGAAAUAUACCAAGUUGAAAAGAUAUGAAUGAAUAUCCUAAAAAAAGAAAAAGGAAGACUUUACACCCUUCUCGUUAUUCAGAUUCUUCUGGAAUAAGCAGAAUCGCAGAUGGAAUCAGUGGAAUUUUUUCUGAUCAUUGUUACAGUGUCUGCUCUAUGAGACAGCCAGACUUAAAAUACUUUGACAACAAAGAUGAUGAUUCUGAUCCUGAGACACCAAAUGACUUGCCCAAAUUUACAGAUGAAACCAAGGCCAGAAACAGGAAUCAGAACUACCUGGUUCCCAGCCCUGUGCUGAGGAUUCUAGACCACACUGUCUUCUCUACAGAAAAGUCUGCUGAUGUUGAAACCUGUGAUGAAGACUGUGACUCACCAGAGUCGGUGCCUCAGCAUGCUCAGGAGGAGAGCCCUAUUGAGGUGCACACCUCCGAAGACGUCCCAAUUGCUGUGGAAGUUCAUGCGAUUUCUGAGGAUUAUGAUCUAGAGACAGAGAACAAUUCCUCCGAGAGCCUCCAAGACGAGACUAACGAAGAACCCCCAGCUAAACUCUGUAAAAUACUUGACAAGAGCCAAGCUUUGAACGUGACUGCACAACAGAAGUGGCCCUUACUGAGAGCCAACAGCAGUGGCCUCUACAAGUGCGAACUUUGUGAAUUCAACAGUAAGUAUUUUUCUGACCUAAAGCAACACGUGAUCCUGAAACACAAGCGCACCGACUCGAAUGUGUGUCGGGUGUGUAAGGAAAGCUUCUCCACCAACAUGCUGCUCAUUGAGCACGCCAAACUCCACGAGGAAGACCCCUACAUCUGUAAGUACUGUGACUACAAGACCGUGAUCUUCGAGAACCUCAGCCAGCACAUUGCAGACAGCCACUUCAGUGACCACCUUUACUGGUGUGAGCAGUGUGACGUGCACUUCUCUUCGAGCAGUGAGCUCUACCUGCACUUCCAGGAGCACAGCCGCGAUGAGCAGUACCUGUGCCAGUUCUGCGAGCAUGAGACCGGGGACCCGGAAGACCUGCACAGCCAUGUCGUCAAUGAGCAUGCUCGCAGGCUGAUAGAGCUGAGUGACAAGUGUGGUGGCAGUGGGCGAGGACAGGGCAGCCUUUUAAGCAAGAUCACUUUUGACAAAUGCAAAAACUUCUUCGUGUGUCAAGUAUGUGGCUUCCGGAGCAGACUGCACACGAAUGUGAACAGACACGUUGCUAUCGAGCACACUAAGAUAUUCCCUCACGUUUGUGACGACUGUGGGAAGGGCUUCUCCAGCAUGCUGGAGUACUGCAAACACCUAAACUCACACUUAUCUGAAGGGAUUUACUUAUGCCAAUAUUGUGAAUAUUCAACAGGACAAAUUGAAGACCUUAAAAUUCAUCUAGAUUUCAAGCAUUCAGCUGACUUGCCUCAUAAAUGUAGUGACUGCUUGAUGCGGUUCGGGAACGAAAGGGAAUUAAUGAGCCACCUCCCGGCCCAUGAGGCCACCUGA